AUGUCGGCUCCCGCUGCCGGCCCGCGAAUCCUGUUUGCCACCAACAUUGAGCGUGGACAAUGCGGCGUCUUUCUCGCCGCGACCGACGCUCUGCUGCGCACCAACCCCCAUGCUGACUUGCAUUUCGCCUCGUUUGCGUCUCUGGAGAAGCAGGUACGAGGCGUCUCCGAUGAGGCUCUGCGCGCGAAUGCUGCUGCCACCACGCCCAUCACAUUCCACGCCCUCCAGGGCCAGACCCACGCCGAGGCCGUCAUGGCCAGGAACACGGAAAAGUACGGCGCCGGAAGCUCUGUCCCGCCGCCGGCCUUUUCGCGGCCUCUGAAUGCUUCCACCACCAUGGCCACGAUUCGGGAUCUGUGUGCAUGUCUGCUCGGCUGGGACGGCCCGGGCUUCAUGGAGGUGUACCACUCCUUCACGGCCAUCAUCAACAGUGUCGCGCCAGAUCUCAUCAUUGUAGACGUACUGCUGUCGCCUGCCAUCUCUGCUGCCUGGAACUCGGGCGUGCAGUUCUCCUACCUCAGCCCAAACUCCAUCAAAGACUUUGCGGCGAGCUAUCAACCGUUCGCCAUGAUGUGGAACUGGCCAGCCUUAAUGAGCGGGUAUGAUUACCCAGUACCCUGGCAUCAAAAACCACUAAAUAUCUUUCAUUAUCUACACAUGGUCUAUCAGAUAUUGAACGAGCCCGGCUUGGCGGAGACGAAACGAUACGUUGAAGAAAAGACGGGCAAACCCAUGAGGUCUUUGAUGAACACCGGCAAGAGUCUGCCCGACUACGUCAAGAUUUUUGUCGGCACCCUACCUGAGCUAGAUUUUCCUGUCACGAGCCAUCCACGCAUCGUGCCCUGCGGUCCCAUCAUCAGCGAAGCACCACCCAUUUCUGCAUCCGACCCCGAGCUUGCCGCCUGGCUCGCCAACGGGCCUACCAUCUACGUCAAUCUGGGCUCUUUGUUCAAGCUCAAGGAAGACUGGGCCGUGGAGCUCGCCAGCGGUCUGAGCAUGGCAAUGGACCAGCUCCAGGGUAAGGCGCUCGAUGGCCCUCCUAUGCAGGUCCUGUGGAAGCUCCAGAAAGACGGCGAGUAUGAUGCGACAGGCCCCAAUGCCAAGAUCCGCGCUGCUUUUGGCGACAAGAUGGGCGGUGGUCUCGUCCGGAUUGUUGACUGGCUCGAAUCACCGCCGCUCGCCGUCCUGCAGAGUGGCAACAUUGCCUGUGCGGUGCAUCACGGCGGUGCCAGCUCGUAUAACGAAGCCAUCUUGGCUGGAGUACCGCACGUGGUACUUCCGUUUUGGACAGACUGUUACGAGUACGCCAACCGAGUCGAGCUGCUCGGCAUCGGCCGCAAGGGCGCCCGGAAGCGACAGCCAGUCUUUGAAGCCAGGGAGCUUUCAGAAACCGUCUUGGAAGUUAUCCAGGGGCCACACUCUGAGAGCAUCAAGACGAAAGCACUGGAGCUCGCGGCGCUGUGUAAGAGGAAUGGAAGCGGUCCGGAUAUCGCGGCACGGGGUAUCUUGAAGCUUGCUACCGAGGCAGCUUCGGCGGCGGGUGAGCAAACGACCGAGUGA